UCUUCAAGACGGAUACACAUCCUAGCUUCUGUUCGCUCUCCUAAAAUGAAAAUUCAUAUAGUAUCUAUUUAGUGGGAAGUGAGUGGUGCUGCCCAAUAAACUCGCCCCUCUGGACAAAAUUUAAAAUUUAGUGUUCACUAUAUAACAGCCUGUUCCCGUGUUUACCAUAGACACAGCCUAGUAAUAUGAAGUAGCCUCCUCUCAAGGUAGAUUUAUAUUAUUUUGCAUUGCUGCAAAUCAACAUCACUUGCAGUUCAGUUCGAAGUUAGUCACAGAUCUACGUGGAAGUCCGCCUGAUCAACUGGGCUCCCAUCACCUAAUAAAUUUCAGACCAGUUCAUCAGUAUGCGGUCCCAGCAUGGAACCCGCACCCGGAAAAGCACACAGCCAAAACGCAAUAUGGUGACGAUGAUGCGCUACCACCAAUUACCUACUGGUAGUCCAACCAGGAGACACAGUAUGCUGGACGUUUCCUUGGCACCAAAAUGGCGUCCUCGCAGUGCCUCCAUGAGUGUCGUCGACGUCACAAAAUUUUCUCCACAGUUCACAUCUGGCACCAGCGGACUGAUGACCAGAAGGCCGUCUCCGACCCCCUGUACCACGCCAUGCUUCGUCUCGCCUCGUAUGGCUUUCUCAACACAGUUCGCCUAUGACUCUCCCUUGCAGAUCUUGAGUUCUGGCUCUCCUCAAGCACUUGUUAAGCUGAAGAGUAAAUUUGGUCUUAAACGUUUAUCGCGCCGCUGGAAGAUCUUCCUCAUCCUGGUGUUCUCAGUCCUGGCUGGCACACUCUUCCUCGUUAGGACUCUGGGCGAUAACGUACAGACGAAGCAGAACCCUGAAAUUACCUGUGCUGAGGACGACCUAAACUGUCUGAAUGGAGACACGUCACAUGGCCACCCAAGUUUCCAGCGGUUCUUGAGAGCAGUUUCUCCGCCCAGCCAGCCUACUCACUACCACAGUCUAUCGGAAGACUUGAACGAGCCGGAGGUAGACGCUCUUCAAUCUGAAAACAUUGAGACAAAAGGGUUAGCGAGUAAUACUAUUGAAGAGCAAAGCACUGGGUAUGCUAGCGAUCCAAACUCUUAUCUCCAACGAGACGCAGAGUUUAGUGAAAAUCGUAUGGAGGAAAGUGCUUAUCGCAAACAAAGACUUCAAGUAGUCAAUGGACAGUAUACUGAACGCGUACAGCAGUCUGCUACACGGCUAUAUGCUCUGAAUUCUGAAGAACCUACUCGGCAGACAGAAUCCGUAAAUGAUCCACAACGGUACGGAACAGACUCGAGCUCACUGGUGCAAGAAGACUUUGGGUCACAACCAAUAGUACAAGGCGAGACGGCUAGUCUUGAUCAACACGCAGCACAGGUACAAUAUCAAGGGGAUACGCCACAGAAUAUUCAGGAUGAGACUCCUGGUAACAUUGUUAAUAACUACGAAGUGAAUCAGAACUUGCGGAACACUGAAUGGGAAGGCCAUGAAAACCAGGCCAGAGAUGAAACUGGCGAGAUAAAACAGUGGGAGAGUUCUAGCCAAGAGAACCCUGCUCCCGGGAACAAAGACUGGGAGAGGUCAACUCAAGAUAACUCUGCACCAGGUAGCCAAGGUCAGUGGAAUAGGUCGCCCCAGGACAACUCUGCCCCGGGUAGCCUAGGUCAGUGGAAUGCGUCGCCCCAGGACAACUCUGGCCAAGGUAGUCAGUGGAACAGGUCGCCCCAGGAUAACUCUGCGUCGGGUAGCCAAGGUCAGUGGGAUAGACCUCAUCAGGGUAAUCCUGCCCCUGUGAACCAAGCCCUCUGGGAUAGAGCGAACCAGGAAAAUGCUCGCCCUGGGAACAAAGCCCAAUGGGAAGGUCAACCUACUGACUCGCGAAGGUACACAAACGAACCUAGACACCCGCAGUACGAUCACCAGCCCAGGCACAUCAGACGGGCGAAUGAAAUGAGACCUCAACGCCUGCAGGAACAACACUUGCAGGGAAGGCUACAACAACAACAACAACACUACAUGAAUGCCAUGAGAGUAGAGGAUCUGGUCAAAGAUGGGCAGAUUUAUCCUCAGGAAGGCGCAGAAUCCUGGCGCGAUGCUAGGAUGCAGGAGAGGUUCAGGGUCCCUCCUGGUGUGAACCCUGCAAGAUAUAGACGCUUGGAGCUAUAAUGCAGGUAUAAUUAAAGGUUUUUGAGAACUUUUUAGCUAUUGAUGUUGGUAAACCUGAUUCUACCACAAGAUUAGUGGCUUUUUAAUGUGCAGAGUGUCUUUAAAUGUAAUAAUUUAAUCUAGUUUUAACGAAUGAAUGUAAUUUAAAUAAAACUUUUUUAAGAAUAAGUCUUUCUAGUGCAAAAUCGCACAAGUUUGAAUGCGAACAGCGCAGAGCUCGCUUGUGAAAUCCUCUUAAGUGUGGUCCUUGUAUUUACUAAAAAUUCACCACUACUGGUCUAGGGUCGACUUCUUGGCCUCUGGCUACGGUCACCACGGCAGUCUUUUGAUGUACUUGUUUCUUGGCGCUGGAGGGCCAUUAAUACUACCACAAGGAGUCUGUACGUAAUUGACUGGAACGUUUUGAUGCUCGUUAACCGUUUAAUAAAGCUGCCAAAGAUUGAAAACGUAAAGGUUGGGAAGUACAUGCGUAGCUCCUAGCCUAGUGUCUGGGGGACACCAUAAUACAGCCUCUCCCCAAAAUCCCUUGUAUAAUACCCAACAUUUGAGCUCCUUGACCCCCCCUCCCCCAUUCUGACGCAAAGGGAAUGAAUGUUUACAUUAUGAUGCUGCUCUAUAUAUUAUAUAUAUAAUUAUACAAAAUAUAUUUAUAUACAUGCCGGUCGUGUAAACUAAAAUUCAUAACUAGUGUGUGAAAGUAAAAUGGAUUAUAUUUUUAACUGUAAACAUGACCCUCGAAUAGUUUAGUUUAUACAUGGUAUAAACAUUUAAAAGAUUGUAUAGUACACAGCCAACACUAAAAUUUAAAAAAAAUUGACGUAAAAUAGUUUGUCCUUCAGCUAGUAAGAUUAAAACUAGAGGGCUAAUAAAGCUACAUUUUGACAGUAGUCAUUAUAUACAUUGUAAAGCUCCUGUGCCUCUGAUAAGAAACGGAACACAAACUAGUAUAUUUACAGAUGGAGUGAUGUUUUGGUUCCACUACUGCCAACCGUAUGACGUAAGCUUCUAGCUUAUCUUAAAAUAAGACGGUAUAGUCGAACGGUUAGGUUACAUUCUAUGAAUGUAACUUAACCAUUAACUAAUGCAACCUAGGAAUGAAUCUAGGUUACAUUAGAGGUUGGGCUAAUACUGGUUAAUUGGCUUCUUGUGAAUUAGGUCAGACCGGCGCCAUGGAAGCUUUUUCCUACCACAGACGUGGCCACACAUUUACAGAAUGACUUCCGGGGCGGGUUGUGCAGUAAUGGUUCCUCCAGCUUACCAGUUAAGUACCAUAAUCCCUUAAUGUGUAAUAGGCCACCAUUCUCGGUGUCUUCAUAGGAUUCCGAUACUGUAGCCGAGGGUAGAUGUGUUUAUGGUGUAAAUCCUACAGCUAGAGAACUGUAAUGGGAGAGAAUAUAUUGGAUUGUCUACUAGAGACCAGUAGGCCUACCUCUGGACGUGCCUGUGUAAUUCAUACUUCUACAUAUUGAGUAUCGAAAGCAGAGUAAAUGUUAGUCUUUGCGAGAAGUUAUAAAUGAAUACUGUAAACUUGUAGUAUUUCGUGACUAUCAGUGUAGUAGGCUAGUCACUACUUUAAACAGGUUCACCUUUCUACCAACUGAUACAACAUGGUGUUUUGAUUCAUUAAUACAGUAAUUCAACUCUAAUUAUCCCCAAACGUAGCUUCCCAAAUUAGCUAGCUAGCUCAGCAUCGGUAAAUGGUGCUACGUAGCCUUCCCGGUUUGGUGCCUUCUUUUGAUAAUUACUUACUCAGCAUCGGUAACAUGCUUGUAAGUUAACUCCAAAGCUGUGGAUUGGUGGGUACAUGCAUACCAGCUAAUAUGAAGAUGGAGAGACGUAAACGAAUUAUAAUAUUGACUCUUUAUUGGUGUAGGCUUUAGAGUUGGCGAUAGAUGUAAUAAUUUUGACUCCUCACCAUCACGCUUUUUGACGCUGGUGACAAAAGACUGAGAAA